AUGUCUGUCACUUGUUCAUUUAUAUUCACAUUUUCUUUCUGUGUUUUCUUCAUUUUCUUCAUUUUGACUGAAAAUUCAUCAUGCUUAGCAAUACUUAGUAAGAACACAACACGCGUACCUCGCCAACUUCGAGUUGAUUACUAUGCAAAAUCUUGUCCACAGGUAGAACAGCUUGUUGGUUCAGUCACUUCUCAGCAAUUCAAAGAGUCACCUGUUUCUGGACCUGCCACGAUUCGUCUUCUCUUCCACGAUUGCUUUGUAGAAGGUUGUGAUGCAUCAAUUUUAAUAGCAUCAAAGCCUGGAAGCAAGGAGUUGGCAGAGAAAGAUGCAGAGGAUAAUAAAGAUUUGAGAGUGGAAGGUUUUGAGACUGUAAAAAAGGCUAAGGAAGUGGUGGAGAAAAAGUGUCCUAAUGUAGUGUCUUGUGCAGAUAUUCUUGCAAUUGCAGCAAGAGAUUUUGUGCACCUGGCAGGGGGUCCUUAUUACCAAGUGAAGAAGGGAAGAUGGGAUGGAAAGAUAUCGAUGGCGUCGAGGGUAGGGUCGAACAUCCCUCGCGCAAACUCGACUAUCGAUGAACUCAUCAAACUAUUCAACACAAAAGGCUUAACUAUACAGGACAUGGUUGCUCUUUCUGGUGCUCACACAAUCGGGUUUGCACAUUGCAAAAGCUUCGUGACACGGCUCUACAAUUAUCGGGGUAAGGGUCAACCCGAUCCAGAUAUGAACUCAAAACUGUUGAAGGCUCUUAGAAUGUACUGUCCAAACUUUGGAGGGAACUCAGACAUUGUUGCCCCAUUUGAUGCCACGACUCCUUUUAUAUUUGAUCAUGCAUACUAUAGUAACUUGCAGAACAAGAUGGGUUUGUUAGCGUCCGACCAGGCUUUGGCUUCAGACACACGAACCAAGUCACUGGUUCAAGAUUUUGCAAAGGAUAAACAGAAGUUUUUUCAAGCUUUUGCAGCUGCCAUAGAUAAAAUGAGUUUAGUGAAAGUUCUGAGAGGGAAAAAGCAUGGGGAGAAAAGAAGAGAUUGUAGCAUGCAUAUGUAA